AUGAAAACGACAAAGCUUGUGAUAAAACUACAUGUGCUGGUGAUUUUUGAACUUCAGGUAGACAUCAUCCACCUGAACGUCAAAGGUCGUCUGGCUGGAUCCCAAGGUCGUGGACCAGAAAUAGCUCACCGGCCUGGACCCGAAUUUCACGUCCCAGGUCUUUCACCUCUACCUAGAGAGGGCUGUCGACAGACUUCGGUGCUGGCUUCCCACGACUGGCUCCCAAAUGCACAGAUCAGCGCAGCGCCAAGAAAGACUCCACUUCAUUUUCUCGUCAUCACCCUGAAGCAGCACGAGAGGAGAGGCGGGGCUAAAGGGAUCAAACUGUUUGAAAAGCACACACCUUUUGAAGGACGCUUCUCAUCUCUCAUCAGAAAGCAGGUGGAGAAGGUGGAGCUGCACCCUGUCAUCCUUCAGGGUCAGUCGUCAGGCUCAGCAUCAAGUCGAAGCAACAACAAAGCAAAAGCUAAAAAACAUCUGGUGAAACAUCUGCCAGAUAAUGAGCUGAGCAAAGACGAGGUCAUCCCUGAAAUCCUUCAGCAGAGUGAGUCCGUCACACCGAUCAGAUCACGUGGACAGAUUGCAUCUUCAUCAAUCGCAGGUCACCCCAGGUUCUUUAACCAGCUCUCCACCGGAUUAGAUAUUGUGGGGUUGGCAGGAGAGUGGCUUACAUCUACAGCCAACACUAAUAUGUUCACCUACGAGAUCGCCCCCGUUUUUGUGCUAAUGGAGCAGCUGACUCUGAAAAAAAUGAGAGAGAUUGUUGGCUGGCCAGAUGGAGAGGGUGAUGGGAUAUUUUCUCCAGGAGGAGCAAUUUCCAACAUGUACAGUGUGAUGAUUGCCAGAUACAAGUUCUUCCCAGAAGUGAAGACCAAAGGCAUGGCAGCUGCACCCAGACUGGUCCUCUUCACCUCAGAGCAUAGCCACUACUCCAUCAAGAAAGCAAGCGCAGCUCUGGGCUUCGGAACAGAGAACCUGAUCCUUUUGAACACAGAUGAAAGAGGGAGAGUCAUUCCUGCUGACUUAGAAGCCAAAGUAAUAGAGGCCAAGCGAAAGGGGUAUGUUCCACUGUUUGUGACUGCCACCGCUGGUACCACCGUCUACGGAGCCUUUGAUCCCAUCAAUGAAAUUGCCGACAUCUGUGAAAAGUACAAUAUGUGGCUUCAUGUGGAUGGUGCGUGGGGAGGAGGUUUGCUGAUGUCCAGGAAACACAGACACAAGCUGAAUGGAGUGGAGAGGGCCAACUCAGUCACCUGGAACCCUCACAAGAUGAUGGGAGUGCCACUGCAGUGCUCUGCCAUUCUAGUCAGAGAGCGGGGACUGUUACAAGGCUGCAACUCUAUGUGUGCUGGAUACCUCUUCCAGCCAGACAAACAGUACGACGUUACAUACGACACCGGUGACAAAGCCAUUCAGUGUGGGCGGCAUGUCGAUAUCUUCAAGUUCUGGCUGAUGUGGAAGGCAAAGGGAACAGUAGGAUUUGAGCAGCAUAUUGAUAAGUGCCUGGAUCUGUCAGCCUACCUCUACAAUAAAAUCAAAAACAGAGAGGGAUUCAAGAUGGUGUUCAAAGGAGAGCCGCAGCACACUAAUGUCUGCUUCUGGUACAUUCCACCGAGCCUGCGCAGUUUACCUGAUGGUGAAGAGAGACGUCAGAGGUUGCACAAGGUGGCUCCGAAGAUCAAAGCAAUGAUGAUGGAGUCUGGCACUACGAUGGUGGGUUACCAGCCACAAGGAGAUAAGGUCAACUUCUUUCGCAUGGUCAUCUCCAACCCUGCCGCCACCAGGUCAGACAUCGAUUUCCUGGUCGAGGAGAUUGAGCGACUGGGGCAUGACUUGUAAGAGUCAUACCUGUAUUUUUUUUUCUUAACAUUUUGUCUUUUCCAACUCUGGAGAGACUCAGGCUUGGCUUCGUAUCCCGUCUAUUUCCUCAAGACAUAUAGAGAUGUUGCUUAUGGGUCUUUUCUGCUAAUGCACAACAAAUAAUAACGCCAUGCCCUGUGUGUUUCUGUCUCUUGUCUUUUGCAACCGUGACAUAUACUUAACAUAUUUGCACAACAGGUUCUCUGAGUGAAAAGGUUUAAGCACAGUGGUAUUCUUGAUAAAAAACAUACAUGAAGAGGAGAUGAAGCUGAGUUUAACAUGGGUUACUUUUUCAAUGAAAUAUGCAAUAGCAAGAAUGUCUGAACACUUGAUGAUUCUGUAUAUAGCUGCUAUGAAAAAUGAAAGACUGGUCAGGAUCUAAAAUUUAAAUAUUUUUUUCACAGAUGACAGUUCGGGGCGCUAUAUAGUAUAUAUGUACUAUAUGUGAUAACUAUCAUUCGAUAAAAGGUAAAUAUUAAGACAGUUGCACCAUGACAUUUUAGCUAAUAUUUCCCUUUGAUAUACACAAGUGGGAAUAUAUAUAACACAGUCACUGUAACAGGUUCUGUACUUGGUUGCUGUGUUUUUAGAAUUUUUUGUGUAGAUUGUGUAAAGUACUGUUACAUUGCCUUUGUGCCAAAUGUGUCCUAGUUUUACAGUGAGAAAAUCCUAUAUGUAAAUCAACCAUAUGUUAUGUGGUAGCUACAUGACUUUAUUUAUAUUGAGAGAUUAUAAUUGUGAAUAGGUUGUCUGCUAUUUGUAACCUACCUUCCUUCCUUUUUGGGAAACGCUGCUGUAUUAUAUCGCAAUGUUUUGAAUAACAGUCAUGUCUUUUAGUGUAUUUGUGAACCAAAGAAGAGUUAUGAAUAUGUACAUGUCCCUUGUUCUCCCUUACAGAGAGACUCAGAUGUUUAUAUAAGAGUACUUCAUUUAAUGCCUUUAACUUUAGUGCAAUCAGUGUUGUGUAACCGUGCAAUGUCAUUGUGAUUCACUGACUGGCAGUGUGGCCACUACUGCCGGUGCUUUGUUAAUGAUAAAAAAGCACAAUGCUAAACCUUGAUCGUGGGGCAGCUUUGAUUCGAGGGACACAUGAUUGUCUGUAUUAUAAUGUGUGGAGUGGAGUAAAAGUAUAAUAUGCAAACUUUUGUCUGUCUGAACGUCGUCGCCAUAGGAAUGUUUUUGUGUUGAGAAAUGGGGAUUGUUUAUGUUUUGCCUGAACAAUGAAGUGCACAGUGUUUGCUACUAUAACAAGCCUUAUUAAACAACUGUACACUCCCGAAUUAGAGGGACGCAAUGUCUCUUGUCAUAUUCAAUGUAAGUACUUUGGCAAAUCAUUUGCAAAGUAUUACUGGUGUAUCUACAAGGCUAAUAAAAACACAAGCUUUAGGGUGUCUGUGAU